GCUUCGUCAGAACAGAAAAAAUAUAUGUACUGAUUGAAUCUGAUAAUGGUGUUUAAUUAAAACGUAACUGUACGUAAAGGUAAAUUUUAGCAAUAAUUGCUGAAUGUUAUGACUUGUCAUGUUAUGUUAAUGUUACUGAAUGUUGUGUUAUACCGGUAUACGCGCCAUGCGUUUCAGUAGUCUAUCAGGAUUAACCAUCGACACCCUUAUUGAUUCGGUUAUUGCGAUCAGCCAGAAACUUGAUGAGAGAUGGCCGGAAAUCAGCUGCUGCAUUGUCACCACAUUUCUCUUAUUCGGAUGGAUAAUCACCACGGCACUUUUCUUUCUCUUCUUCUUCACCGAUUACUAUUGGCUCUCGUUAUUAUACAGCGUCUGGUAUUGUCUGGACUGGAAUCAGCCGAUCACCGACGCGUCACGCGUUUCUCCCAGUUUGCGCCACGCUUCCCUCUUCCGCCACUUUGCACAAUAUUUCCCGGUAAAGGUCAUCCGUACGGUUGACCUCCCGGCACAGAAUAAUUACAUUUUCGGUUACCACCCCCACGGCAUUGCCGCCCUGGGGAGUUUUGCCGCCUUUUUAACGGAAGGCGCGGAUUUCGCACGGAUCUUCCCGGGAUUGAGGGCGUGGCAUCUGCUGAGCCGAGUGGCGUUCUACUGGCCGGUGAUGCGCGAUGUGUGGCGGUUGUUGGGCGCGUGUGCCGCCACGAAGGAAAACGUGGCCCGCAUUACGGAGACUAAAGGGAAUGUGAUUGUGGUUUUGGCGGGUGGGGCCGGGGAGGCGUUGGAGUCGCAUCCCGGCGGGAGUCAGUGUGUGCUGAAACACCGGAAGGGAUUUAUUAAAGCUGCACUGGAAAACGGGUGCCAUUUAGUACCGGUAUUUGCGUUCGGAGAGAACGAUCUGUACCGGCAAGCUGUGGCUAAUCCGCCGAAAUCGCUCAUUCGCAAAGUACAGAAAUUUCUGCAUAAAUGGACGGGUUUCGUGCCGGUGAUGUUCUACGGGAAGGGUGUGUGCGGAUGGCGGUAUGGAUUUAUGCCGGCACAGCAGCCUGUCAAUAUUGUUGUGGGGCCACCGAUUCCCGUUCCGCGGAUCACCACACCCAGUGAUCAAGAAAUCAGCGAACUGCACCGGAAAUACCGACAUGCGCUGAUGUUGCUGUUUCACGAGUACAAAGGUCAUUUCGGUAUGGCCGACAACGAAUUAACGUUUAUCUGAUUGUUUACUACAUUUUCUGGGUAAUUUUUAUUUUGACUAAUUUAAUUCGUCGAGAUUUUUCUGUCCCGGUUUCCUAAUUGUACAGAUACAUGCCGUAUGGUUUCUGGGCUUUUUGUUAAUCAGGUGUACGAAGGACGGAGGCUUGCGUAAGCUGCGCUAAAACGAAAACAACAGUACUUGUA